AAAUAAUCACACAACCUCGUCCCACUUCUCCCUUGUCUUUGCUCAUUAGCCAGAGUGCAGUCUACUCAUUACCUCCCUUUUUUAGGAGCAGCUUUACUCCUUGGAAGCACUUCCGAAGAGAAAUCAUAUUUCCUUGGUUUUCCUGCUUCUCAGAGCUGGGUGCACACUGCAUGAGAACAUAUUUGCUGAACACCAUCCAAAGCAGCAAAUUGAGAUUCUUUGAUUUGGGGAAGAACUUUGGGAGGAACCUUUCAGUAAUUGGCAUGAGAUAAGAGAGAACCUAGUCCAAGCCCAUGUGGGGCUGGCAGCAGGGAGGAUCAGUUCAGAGAGAGCCCCUCCAGUUCUUGGAGUGUGUAUAUGAUAAUGGGGAAAGUAGUGUUGGGAUAGCAGAGGGCUGUCAUAAAUGUUUUGGAAGAUUUUCAAACAACGAGCUUGGAAGCUCGAAGUCUGGCUGUGGCCAUGGGAGACACGGUAGUGGAACCUGUCACCCUGAAGCCAACUUCUGAGCCCACUCCUGGUCCAUCAGGGAAUAACGGGGGCUCCUUGCUAAGCGUCAUCACGGAGGGGGUCGGGGAACUAUCAGUGAUUGACCCCGAAGUGGCCCAAAAGGCCUGCCAGGAGGUGCUAGAGAAGGUCAAGCUUUUGCAUGGAGGCGUGGCCGUUUCUAGCAGAGGCACUCCACUGGAGGUGGUCAAUGGGGAUGGUGUGGACAGUGAGAUCCGCUGCCUGGAUGAUCCUCCUGCCCAGAUAAGAGAGGAGGAAGAUGAGAUGGGGGUCACUGUGGCCUCGGGCACAGCCAAGGGAGCAAGAAGGCGGCGGCAGAACAACUCAGCCAAGCAGUCUUGGCUGCUGAGGCUGUUUGAGUCAAAACUAUUUGACAUCUCCAUGGCCAUUUCAUACCUGUAUAACUCCAAGGAGCCUGGAGUGCAAGCCUACAUCGGCAAUCGGCUCUUCUGCUUUCGCAAUGAGGACGUGGACUUCUAUCUGCCCCAGUUGCUUAACAUGUACAUCCACAUGGAUGAGGACGUAGGUGACGCCAUCAAGCCCUUUUGCUCGGGGCCUACUCUUCGG